GUGGUCAUCUGCGGAAGCGGAAACCGUAGCUUCGUGUCGUCUGCUCGAAGAUAUCUGAAUAUCUCUGCUGCUGGGAUCUGGUUUCUGACUCCCUGAUACAAAAACCAGUCCAGUCAGGAGGCAGAGAGAACAACAAGAUGAAAGGUCAUUGAUCUACAACCUGCACGCAAGCAAUUUAAGCUAACACUUCAGCAAAAGAGGCUGCAUUUACUUAAGACUGCUGGUCGCAUUCCCCACCUCCGCUGGUCAACAUGACGUCUUCAAUGCUUCGAAGGCAGCUGAAGAACCUGGUCCAGAAUUACUCUGAGGCCGAGGUCAAGGUUAGAGAAGCGACGUCCAAUGAUCCAUGGGGCCCUUCCAGCACUCAGAUGGCUGACAUCUCUGAUCUCACCUACAAUGCGGUGGCUUGCAGCGAGAUCAUGACAAUGCUCUGGAAACGCCUGAAAGAUGACAAGAAUUGGAGACAUAUCCACAAGUCUCUGACUCUGUUGGAGUACCUCCUGAAGACUGGUGAUGAUCGUGUGAUGCUGAAAAUGAAAGAAAACAUCUACAUUGUCAAAGCUCUCACAGAAUAUCGUUUUGUGGAAAAGGAUGGGAAAGAUCAGGGAGUGAAUGUAAGAGAGAAGGCCAAGGUCGUUCUUGUUCUUAUGGAGGAUGAUGAAAAACUGAAAGAAGAAAGAGAGUUUGCUGUGAAGACCAGAGAAAAGACAUCCAAAGGUUCUGCUGCAUCAUCCACAGACAAUGUGAAGGAUCCUAACUACAAGCCAGUUUAUGUUCCUGGAUCUUCGGGACUUCCAUGCUUGGACAACAUUCCAUCUGUGGCCGACUUGACUGCUUCUUUUGCUGCCCGCAAAGAGGAGCGACUUCGACAAGAAGCAGAGAAGAAGGAGGCUGAGAGACGAGCCAAGAUGAGCGAAGAUGAGCUUAAAUGGGAGGAUGCAGGAACAACUGAAAAUGCAGCAAGUGAGGCAUGGGGUGGCGAGAAAGAGGAGGAGAAGAAGAAGGAAGUGAAAUCAGAUCCAUGGGGAGCUCCCAAAGAACCUAGUACUGAUCCUUGGGGUGCUACAGCCAAAACUGAAGAUCCAUUUGUGGCAGACAAAUCUGAUGAGGAUCCAUUCACAGCACCUAAAGACAAACCAGAUCCCUUCAGUUCUUCCAAUGGGGAUCCAUUCAGUGCUCCAAAGGAUGAUCCAUUCAGUGCUCCAAAGGAUGAUCCAUUCAAUGCUCCAAAAGACGAUCCAUUCAAUGCUCCAAAGGAAGAUCCAUUCAAUGCUCCAAAGGAAGAUCCAUUCAAUGCUCCAAAGGAUGAUCCAUUCAAUGCUCCAAAGGACGAUCCAUUUAAUGCUCCAAAGGAAGAUCCAUUCAGUGCUCCAAAGGAUGAUCCAUUCAAUGCUCCAAAGGAAGAUCCAUUCAAUGCUCCAAAGGAAGAUCCAUUCAAUGCUCCAAAGGACGAUCCAUUUAAUGCUCCAAAGGAAGAUCCAUUCAGUGCUCCAAAGGACGAUCCAUUCAAUGCUCCAAAAGAUGAUCAGUUUAAAGCCCCCAAUGGUGACCCAUUUGGUACUCCAGAAAAUGAUCCAUUUAAUGCUCCAAAAGAUGAUCAAUUUAGCGCUUUAAAAGAAACCCCGAAAGAUGAUCCAUUUAAUGCUCCUAAAGAUGAUCCGUUUGAAGCUUCAAAAGACGUCCCAUUUACAACACCAAAAGAUGAUCCUUUUGGUGUCCCAGCAAAUGAUCCUUUCACUGCUCCGGUAUCAACACCCCCUAAAGAGGAGCCGUUAGUAGAAGCAACAAUAUCUAAGGCUGAUUCGUUCACUGGUCCCACAACGCCACCUAAAGCAUCAUUUUCAUCACCAACCAAACCUGUUCAAAAUGAUCCUUUUGGUGAACAAACAACGCCGGGUAAGGAGGAUCCGUUUUCUAUAACAUCAAGAGAUGACCCCUUUACUGCGUCAUCAGCACCAUCAAAAGAGGACCCAUUUACAGUGCCAUGUAGUCCACCAGUGGAGGCUGCUUCGGAUCCCUUCAGUGCCCCUGCAGCAGGUUCGCCCCAAGAAACUGCAGAUACAUGGGGAGCUCAAACCAGUUCUCCGCCUGCCAAAGGCUCUGAUGCUUGGGGAGCACCGAGUGUUCCAAAGGAAACCAAGAGUGCCGAUCCCUGGGGGAACGACCCAAGUGUCUCUUCGCCACUUGCUGACUCUGACCCAUUUGGAGAUGCAACCAAGCCAGACGAUGACCCAUGGGGAGCCCCUGAUUCAGCUUCAGCUCCAGUCACAUCUGAUGAUGCAUGGGGAACCCCAGCUCCUCCCGCAGACUUGUCCCCCUCCGGCGACCCAUUUGGAGACGGAGCAACUAAAAGCAGUGAUCCCUGGGGGGCACCAAGUAAUGCUGGUGGUGAUGGUGCAGGAAGACGAACAUCAAAAGAAGAGGAGAUCCGUAGAAAGACUGCUUCAUUUUUGGGCUCUAUGGGGGGGUCACUGGUUGACGUGGACGAUCUGUUUGCCCCGAACCCCAAAACCAAACAACAGCCCCUCAUCAACACGCUCGCUGCCCGGACACAUGCCAUCGGUAAGGUCAGAAAAAAAGCAUCUCUCUGGGUCACAAAUACCCUUAAGGACACAACCUGUGUGGGGUAUUACUUGCAGAUCACUUGAUUAUUAAGGAGGCAUGAUUCAUUUUCCUGGGAACCAAAACAUUGCUGUUUCCAUGGUGAUUUUCAGAAGCACCUCAGAAGGAAGUGUUAAUAGAAAGAAGCUAAGAUUGACCAACAGUUAUUAAUGGGUUUAUAUGGAAAUGCUUAUUGUGAUCAUUUUGCACCAACCCGUCCCUCCUUUGUGGUCUUGCUGUCACAUAUAGACGUGUGUAACACCUGUUAGCGUUAAUGACCUGCUGUAAAGUUGCCCUCUGUAGAUAGUGGUGUGUAGUAACCUGCCGACAUCUUCUCAUUCCUCUCUUUGCUCUACUUUGGUGUCUCUUUUCUGGAAUGCUUCAAACUGCAUACCCCACCCUCCCUCCUUCCCCUGCCUCCUCUUACCGCUCACACUCAUUUCCCAGGUACAUCCAAAGGCAUGACAUCUGGUCCUUUGGCCAGAUCAGAGGCAUUCACUGAAACUUUAGCCCCAAACUAUAACCCCUUUGAUCCCAGCCUAGCACCCACUCCUGGUGUAACUCAUUCUGCUUUUGGAGCUGCCGGUCCCUCUGGUGAAACUCUCCAGUUUAGGGAACCGUUACACGCUGUGGGAAUGCCUCAUUCUUCUGUGCAUGUUCUUCAAGCAGCUCAGGACGCUCCAAAAUAUGGAAUGCCACCACCUGCAACACAAAUGGGGUUGGGAAUGUUGGAGUCGGAAUAUAAUGUGGGGAAUAUUUUGGGAACAGGGGACGCUCCAAUUAGCUUUUUUGGAGCAAACUCAGCAGGUGUAAAUCCAUUUCUAUGUGUUUCUCCACAGACAGGAAGUGAGAAUAACACAGGCAGUGAACCAAAUGAGAUGAUCAUAAUCGAUACCAAUACAUUCUUGCUUUAACAGAUUAUUUCAUUGAGUCAAAUGAAAUUGUUAUUAAAUAUCAAUAAACAACAAUAACCAUUAUGGAGCUUUUCAGUUUUAUGACCAUGAUGUUGUUAUUUAAGGCAUGUUUCCACUUCUACGUCUGUUGACACAAUGAACAAUGGUCAGGAUCUGCUUAUGAAAUAGUAAAUUAUUCUUAAAACCUUCCCUUUUGUAUUUUGUUCAUUCCUUCAACUGUUCAAAUAAAAAAAACAUGUCAGCUGGAUAAACCAUUAAAUUUAUCUGGGAAAGGAAACAUUCAAGUGUCUUUGGGGAAACACUAGAGUAACUGUGUAUCUGUGUGGUUCUUUUGUUACAUAUGUUUGUUUUCUUCAAGUGUGCAUGUGUUCAAAGAAGAUGUGUGUGUGUGAAGUGUGUGCACACUGUGCAAGUGUGCAGUAUAUAGUUAUAUAUAUAUUGUGCUGAUGUAAAUAGUGGAAGUAAUUACUGCUAAACCUUGAAUUAUACUGUAUAUCAAAGUGUUACAGUCAAGAUUAACUAUUUAUGGAUAUAUUUAUUAAUUUAUUUAUUGCUUCAUACAUUAUUGAUGCAACUGCGGCCUCCAACAAAAGAAGAUCAGGUGAACUUAUAUUAAAAUUCAGCUCAGUAACUGUUGGUGCGUCCAUUUUAUCCUCUCUGAUUAGGAUUCAUCGUGUAGUGGAACAUGUCUGCGUUGUAUGUCCCAACAAAUUGCUUUCUGUUACAUGCAUGCACUCUGAGCACAUCCUGUUAUCGUAUAUGUGUGGGUGUGUGUGUGUGUGCGUGUGUAAGAGUGAGUUCGACCUUUACAGUUUUGGUGUGUGAGUGAAACAAAAUUCUGUAUUUUAGAAAACAGCUGCUGUAAGAGUAAAUAAAGGGAUUCAGUUGAUGUCGUUCUGAUUCCAGCAACAUGGAACUGAACAGUAGCAGCUAAAAGGACUGAGUUUCAACCUAUACUGAGCCAUGCAACUUCUCACAUUUAAACUGUUUGCAUUCUUUUAAUCAACUCGGGGGGUACCUGUUCAUAUUCUGCUUUAUGUGGAUGAAAUUAAAAAUUUUGAUUGAAUGAAAUCUGAAUUUAUGCUCACUUGGAUUCUAAGUGUUUCAGGUUUUGCUCAUCCUAAACGAUUAAACAGAAGGUUGUCAUUUAAAGCCUCACACAGCAGAUGAAACGUCUGUGUAAAGAUAGAAAGAAGGUCAGCCUCUGUCCGUUCAGACUAUGAGGAUUUUGGCAGAUAGACCGUGUGAUUUUCAGAUUUUAUUUUGUAUGAGAUACAUUUAUUUUGCUGUGUAUUUACCUUUAAAACUGUGUUGUAGACUGUGACAGUGUACAGUACGUUUGAGAAAUAAAAUGGAUUGUGUUGCCUCU